AUGCUGGCGCACUACAUAACGGAGGGGGUGCUGUGUGUGCCGCGCGUCAUCGCCUCGCACCACCUGCUGCUCAACCCGCUGGGCCUGCUGCACAGCGUGCGCGCCGCCUGCCGCGACCUGCUGCUGCUGCCCGUGCAGGGCUCGCUGCACGCGGGGCCGCACGGGCUGCUGCUGCUGGGCGUGGGGCGCGGGGGGCUGGCAGCGUGGCGCCACCAUGGGGCGGCAGCAGCACAGCAUAUGACGGGGUCCACGAGGGCUCGCUCUACCGGCAGUGCAGCAGAGGCGGAUGGCGCUGGGGUGGAGGGGGCAGGGGCGCUACUUGUUGCUGAGGGCAGGGAGGCCGGUGCUGCCACCUUCACUGGGGAGGCAGGCAGUGGGCGAGGCAUGGGGGGCAGCACCACUAGCUAG